AUGCCAACAACAUCAUCCGAUCGUUAUUCAGCUGUUUCAACAUCAUCAUCUUCGUCUACUUCAUCGACAAAUUGUUAUAAUAAUCGAAAUAAUUAUUCGUCAUCUCAAUCGUCUUCAACAUUUUCACCGCUUCGUUCUGCUACAUCAUCACUUCAUGUAUCAAAAUUAAUGAAUUCAGAUUAUCGUUCUAUGCAAUCAUUAAAACUUCAACAACAAGUCUAUCAUACACCUACAGCACGUGUAUCACCAUUAGGUAAUAAUAAUUAUCAACAAACAGAUUAUCAUAAUUAUAAAGAUGAAAGUUGGCUUAGUUGUGAAGAACUUGAAACAAUUGAAAAACGUUUUACUGAUCUUCUUCAAGAGACAUCUGAUAAAAAAUCUGAUCAACGUGCAAAAAGUUGUGAUAGACUAAUAAUAGACGAAGAUAAUUAUAAGCCAACAAUAUUGUCUACGUCUCGUAAAUCAUUGAUUGAUAAAAUCGACGAUGAAAAUAAUAAAUAUUCACAUUCAACAGUACUAUCUGCUAAUGAAAUUCUUAAAAUUGAAUCAUCUUAUCGUAGUAUUGGUACACAAGUAUAUGCAUGUCGUUGUUUAUGUGAUUUAUAUAUAACAACAGCUGAACGUUUAGGUAAACUUGAAGAUUGGAUUUUAUUUCAACAUGGUUCACCUGUAUGGUUACUUAAUUCCGGUAUAAAUCCAAAACGUCAAUCACGUCUAUCUCUUGUUAUUGCUGAAUAUGGUUCAGGUUUUCCUAUAUGGCAAGAUAAUAUUAAUGGAUAUAGUGAUAUUAAACAAGCACGUGAUCAACAUAUUACAUUUCGUUUAUCAGAUAAAGUAACACUUGCUGUACUUCGUUUUCAUAAUUUAUCGGCAUCAAAAGAAUUUUUUUCUUAUUAUAUAUCUAUACGAAAUAAUUAUCAUUAUAAACAUUUAUUUUCUAAUGGACAUAAUCGAAGUUCAUCAUGUGGUAGUACAAUAUCAAAUAAUAAUAAUAAGAAAAAAUCAUCUUCACAACAUUUAACUAAAUCAUCAAUAUCAAAUCCUUGUCAAUUUCAACAUAUAACAUGUUUACAAGUUAAAGAUCGUGUUCGUUUAACAUCUCUUAAUCAAUGUUUAAUGCCGACUGUUACUUAUUCAAAUCAACUAUUAUGA